AUGUGUCUGCUAUUGGAAGCGCUUUCUAUGGUCUCAAACUUUGUUUGUUGUGUCGGAUGGACGACACCCGAGGAAGUGAUUUCCAGCGGCGAUGAUCACCAAUUGAUUGCUUGGAACGUUGCUCUACACGAGCCGUCAAAACUGUCCGAUUUGCCGAAAGACUUGUAUCCGACUGAUCUUCACUGUUGUCCGAAGUCAAGCAAACAACAACUACAACAACAACAACUGCAACAGCAAAAAGUGUCGGACGUGAUCGUCAUCGGAGCGUCGGAUGGCAAGUAUCACUUUGUUGGACGAACCGGUCGAUUGGAAAAGUCGGUCGAAGCGCACAACGGCGCUGUGUUGACAGUCAAAUGGUCUAAUGAUGGAUCAGCGUUGGCCACGUCCGGCGAAGACGGACUAGUAAAAGUGUGGUCCAAGAGCGGUAUGUUACGGUCGACACUGUCGGUAAGUCCAGUGCCCACCUAUUGUAUUGCUUGGUCGCCGAAGAACGACCAGAUUCUCUAUACGUUCGACAAGAAUCUGAUUAUCAAACCGUUGGCCCCGAACUCGAAACCGAUUGAUUGGAAAGCACACGACGGUGUUGUACUGAAAGUGGACUGGAAUGCCAACAACGAUCUGAUAAUAUCGGGCGGCGAAGAUCGUCGGUAUAAAGUAUGGGAUUCGCUCGGACGGGUACUGUUCACCAGUGCCACACACGAACAUCCGAUAACAUCGUUGGCCUGGGCACCAGAAGGUUCGCUGUUUGCCGUCGGCUCGUAUAAUACACUGAAACUGUGCGACAAGUAUGGCUGGUCGUACUCGUUGGAUAAGCCACACAUCCAGAGCAUAUUUGGCCUGAGCUGGUCCAGCGAUUCGACACAGAUAGCCGGCGCCUGUGGCAAUGGUAACGUCAUAUUUGCACACGUAGUGGACAAACGAAUCGAAUGGAAGUCCUAUGAGGUGACAGUGUUAGGCCGUAAGAAUAUUAGUGUCAAAAAUGUGACCACGAGUUCAGAGGAUGACCUGGAGUUUCGCGAUUAUGUUAUUAAAAUAUCGUUUGAAUUCAGUAAUUUGAUUGUCAUCACUACCAGCCAGUGUUUCAUCUAUAAGACAAACAAUUGGAUGAGUCCGCAUCACUUUGAUCUGAAAGAUACCAGUGUGUUGGCUAUAGUACAGUGCGAUCGACACUUCCUAUUGAUCGACAGUACCAACAUUGGUCUCUAUUCAUAUGAGGCCCGACUUAUCCAGAAUAUCAAAUGGAUUGGUAUGAGGAUUGAGGCACUGAAUUCAGAUACCAUCAGUUUAAGCAGUGAUACGAUAGCUGUAAGAGAUGCCAACGAUCUGAAAGUGAUUCACUUUAUCGACACAUCCAAUGGCAAACUGAUCAACGAUGGAUCAAACGAUGUCCGACACAAAUUGGACAUCACUUGUGUGGCACUCAACUAUUGCGGACCAGUGUCGGAGAGGAUCUGUGCGUUUAGCGACAAAAAUGCUGACAUCUAUCUGACUUUGGUCCGGACGACCAAUACAACCGUAUUUCAGACCAUCAAAUUGGUUUCGAUGGCCAAGUGUUUCAUUUGGAACAACGAUUCCAACAUUUUGGCCGCAAUUCGCGAAAACAAUAGACUCAGUGUCUGGAUCUAUCCGAUGGUAGCCUUUGUGGACAGCAAUUUGUUGUCGAUGGCCGUCAUCGAUAAGGAUGGCAACGAUUUUGAUGAUAAAAGUCCACAAUUGAUCAGCUUUUUGAACAAUCGAUUGAGUAUUCGCCGAUCGGAUGGUUCACUCAUUUCGUCGUCGAUCAAUCCGUUUGUCAAUUUGUUGCACACAUACGCUGGUCAACAGCAAUGGCCGGAAGCACUCCGAUUGUGUCAGUUUCUGAAAGAUAAUUACGAUAUAAAAGCUCUUUGGGCCGCUUUGGCCGGAAUGGCUGUACACUCGCGACAGCUCAACACUGCAGAGUUGGCCUACGCUGCAGUCAAUCGGGUCGACAAAGUGAUGUACAUUCAGAAACUUAAAGAACUCAAAGACAACGAGUCGAAGAAUGCAGAGAUAGCUCUCAUCUGCGGUAAUAUUAGAGAAGCCGAAAAUCUGUUGAUCCAAAGCGGUUAUAUCUUGCGGGUAAUUGCUCUGAAUUUGCAACUGUUUCGAUGGGAACGGGCUCUCCAAUUGGCCAAACAGUACGACAAGAACAACAAGUUUGUCGAACUGGUUCUCGCUUAUCGACAACGAUAUCUUGAAAAGGCCGACAAAAAAGAAACUCUUGAAUCGUUUAGACAAUUGUUGUCCAAUGAUGAGAUUGAAUUAUCCGAUUGGGAUGUCUAUCAGGAAAGACUAGACAAUCCGUAUGACCACAAGAUUGCUGUACAACCGCUACAAUCAUCACAACCAACUCGUGAGAGGUCAAGAAGUACAUCGAGAAAGUAG